AUUACAACCUCAACCAGUACCAAAAAAUGGUCCGCAAACUCAAGCACCACGAACAAAAGUAUCCCCCUCCCCCCCUUCCAUGCUCCCCACCUCCACAAUUCGUGGUAACUAACCGACCCCGCCGCCAGGCUCCUCCGAAAAGUCGACUUCCUAACCUGGAAGUCCGACUCCUCCCACCGCGCCCACGAUGUCAUGCGCCGAUACCACAUCCAGGACCCAAACACCUACACAAAGUACAACAGGAUAUGCGGAAGCGUACGCCAGCUAGCGCACAAGCUUGCGCUGCUAGACCCCUCCGACCCCGUCCGUCGAAAGCACGAAACGCUGCUGUUGGAGAAGCUGCACGCGAUGGGGAUAUUGCCGCAGGGGGCCAAGAUGAGCGACGUGGAGAAUAAGGUCACCGUCGCCGCUUUCUGUCGUAGGAGGCUGCCGGUUGUGAUGACGAGGAUGAGGAUGUGCGAGACUGUGCCCACUGGUGUGAGGUUUGUGGAGCAGGGGCAUGUCAGGGUUGGGCCGGAGGUUGUGGUUGAUCCGGCGUAUUUGGUUACUAGGUGUGUUUGAUACACUUUUUUUUUUUGGACCCGUGCUAAUUUGGGGUAUGGUAGGAAUAUGGAGGACUUUGUUACGUGGGUGGAUUCAUCAAAGAUUAAGAGGAGUAUCAUGAAGUAUAGGGAUACAGUGGAUGACUUUGACUUGCUCUCCUAGGGGAUUUGGGUGGCGUGCGGAUGGAACUAGAAGUCAGGUUGUAUGUAAUAUACUUUGGGGGUUAAAAGUUUGACUGUUUGCUUCCUG